CUAUUUAAGUCAAUACUCAACAAAUUAGGUUCGAGCUAGACCUUGGGUCUAUUCAACACUAAAAUUACGAUAAUCACAAAAUACGAUAAAAGAGUCAAAUAAGUCAAUCAAUUUCAUAAAUUCCGAUAUCUCUCUGUAACUAGGUCAGCUUCAGCCUUCAGAUGUCUCUCCAAAACCACACGUCAUUAUUAAGUUGGGUCAUAAAUCUCACAAUCCAUCUCCCCUAAUACCCAAGGCCCAAGAACCACAUUCUCUGCACCAAUGAAACAAUUAUACCACUUAGGAAACAAAAUCGCAUACAAACCCUGAUUACAAAAAUAAUAAAAUAAUCACACAAAAUUCAAAUUCAAAAUCUUCCGCUCUCUCACACUCUAACGGUUAGUUUUACCCUGAACAAAUCUCCUCUCUUCCAUCGUAUAUAAAGUCCCCACAACUCACAUCUCUUAGCCACCACCAUUUAUCAUCGUCUCUCUUACAUUGAUUGAUUCAAUCCCUAAUUUUCUCUCUCUUCUUCUUCUUUCAUCUUCAAUUUUCUGUUCAAGAGAACUUUCCAGAAUCCAUGGAUUUCCAAACCUUCAAGAGACGUGACCUUCAAUCUCUUUGCAAACUCAACAACAUUCCUGCUAAUACUACCAAUGCUGCCAUGGCUGAUGCUCUCGCUUCGCUUCCUACUGUUGAAGGACUAGCUGAAUAUUUGGCAAAACCAGAUUCUGAAACCCAGGGCUCCCCUGAAAGAUCAGCGAUCAACUCAUCUUACGCACCCCGGACCACAGCCACAAGAACUCGCUGUAGUACAAGGACUAGAGCGGUGGAAGGAACUGAUGCAAGGAAGACUCCGGCAACGCGAACCACUCGGAAGAGAGCAUCUCAGGAAGCCUCAAUCCAGACAAAUAUGGAGAAGAAUAUGGAAGCUGAAUUUGAGGCUGAAAAGAAGCAAUCUGAAGUUACUGACAACAGUGAGCUUCCUGGAGGUGAGAUUAAGGAAGUUUCAGAAGUGGUUUCCGGAGUUAGUGAAGAAAUUGAAGGACAAAGUGAACCCCAAAAGGAUGUAGAGCAGCAGGUCAAUGAUGGGCAAGAAGUCAUUGAUUUGGAUGCACAAGAAGAAGCUACCGAGAUGUCGAAUGACAGUAAGGUGGACUUCCACAGCCUCAGCCGAAGGGACCUCCAAGCUCUGUGUAAGAGAAACAAGAAACCUGCCAAUACUACCAAUGCUGCAAUGGCUGCUUCGCUUGAAUCCCUCGAAGUUGUUGAAGGUCUGCAAGAGUUACUGAUGGGAUGUGACACUCAAGUACCAAGCUCCCCUCUGAUGUCAGGAAUUACUUCAUCUUGUGCUCGUCGAUCACGUACCACAAUGAAAAUCAGUAGAGAAGAGCCACCGAGCUCCAAGCUGAUAACAAAAUCAUGCCGCGUUUCAAGGAAGAGGAUCGUAGAAGAAACAGACCAAGGAAAGAAUGAUGUAGCUGAUCAAACUCCAGCUGCUCCAAGUACUCAGAAUGAGGAAGGUGGUGCAGUGCAAUGGGAUAUCUCUAGUGUUGAGAUUUCUGAAGUUUCAGUUUUUUCUGAGAACAAUGAUGAUAUCAGUAACAGUAACAACGAUCUUCUCAAUGUCGAGAAUCUGACGGAAUCAAGUGAUCUUGUGGCUAAAGUAGACAAUGAAAUUGUUGUUGAAGAGGAGAGCCAUGAAACUUUGGAGGUAACUGAAGCAGUGGUUGCUGAAGAUGAGAGCCAUGAAACUUUGGAGGUGACUGAAGCAGUGGCCAACGUUGCCAUUCAAGACGAGGACCUGAAAUUGGGUUCUGCUGAUAGUGAAUUGGAAACUAUCACGGUUCAAAACUCUCAAGACAGCCAGCUCGAGAACCUGGCCAGUGCUCCUGUUUCUGCUGCAGAGAGCCUCGAUGAGAACCUUGCCAUUACUCCUGCUGAAGGUCAAAUGCCCAAGGAUUUUGCUUGUCAGUCUACUACUGAAGCUGAUCAAGUCAACGAGGAUAGCAAUUCUGGAAACACCAAGCUUGAAAAGGCGGUCACAUUUACUUUUGAUUCUGAUGUACCUGAACCUGCAGAAGACGAGGUGUCUGAAGAGUUUAAUACUGAGUUUACAUCAGCUGAUAAGCCAAGUCUGGAAACCAAUGUGGAAAGUGAAGGUAGUUGUACAGAAGAUGAGUCUGACUGGUCUGAAUACGAGAUGCCAGAAGAUGACGAGGUGUCUGAUCUACUGAGCAUGGAAGCCAACGUGGACAGUGGAUCUGAAAAAAGCCAGCUUGAGAAACUAGACAUAACUGCUGAUUCUGCUACAGACUGGGUUGAAAAGCCUGAAGUUAGCCUAGCUGAACUUCUUGCCAACCAGUUCGACACUGAAUCAACUAUUCAAAUUCGUUCACGUGUUCCUACAGAAAGUAAGACACCUUUGAACCAUAAAAGUCUGAGAAAAUUGAAGAGGAUGUACAAGGAGAAACUACAAGAAAAAACAUUGGUUGAGGGAAUGGUGAAAUUGGACUUGGAUGAGACUGAGGUCCCACUGGCCAAUGUGGAUGAAAAUUUGCAACAAGGAAAUGUUCCAGUUUCUCAAGUGAUGCCUGGUUCUGAUGAAGCCAAUGAGGACGAUAUUGAAGAAUCAGAAGAAAACACCGUUGAUGAGACAGGAUCCGAGAAAGACAAGGAGGAUGUGAUUCAGGAGACCCUAGAGAUUAAUUCUGCCAUCGAAACUGCAAAACUCUGCCCAGUUGACAUUCUACCGGACAAUGAAGUUGUAUCUGAAGAAGCAGUAGUUGGUGACAUUGAUGUUGUCCCAUGUCCAACACUUACACCAACCAAAUGUUCAAGCAUGACUGAGAAGCCAUUGUCGGUUAGCAUGGUUACACCAACUAAAUCUGCCUGCAAAACUCCAAUGUCAGCUGGAAGGAAGAACCGCGUUAUGGAUGUCAACAAGGAGAACAUUGACAGUAUCAGUAAAACCGAGCCUGGAAAAAUCAAAGUUGCUGUAACUGAAAGUGGAAAAAUUCUUUCUGCUUUGAGCAUGGGGAUGCUGAAAAAGGAAUUCAAAGGGCUCCAGCAGUCCGAGAAGAAGAAAAAAGCACUGCAGUCGCGUUCUGAUAACCAAUACCUCUUAGCUAGCCCGUGAACUGAAGACCUGUGUUUUAGUCCUGCAAGUCUGAUCAAUAGUUGGAGGUUAAAUCUUUGGUUUUACCUGCUUUUAGUUUUUAUUAUGAUUUUCUCAAUGGCCCAAAUGUGGGUAUGUUAAAUCUCUUUUUGUUAGAUGAUAAUAAACUCGAUAUCUUUUAUAGAAA